AGCCCGGAUUGGCGAAGGAGGCCGCUGCUCCUGGGAUGCCCCGCCCCGCUCCUCUUUAUCCGUCUAUUCGGGUUUACAGGGUUCACCGGCCCCUCGGCGGCAGGCACCCCGGGUGGGGUGGACGGGUUGGACUCAGUGUCAGGGAGAGAGGGGCGCCAACAGCGGGUUUCAGGGUCCCAUUUGCUACGCGCCCGACGGCCCAGCGCGAGUCCGGAGCUCCGUCAUGGGCCCGGGGCCCCCGGCGAACGAAGCAGGGGCGCCCCGGCGGCCGCUAUCCCUGGCGGCCCGGCUGAGCUACGCCGUGGGCCACUUCCUCAAUGACCUGUGCGCGUCCAUGUGGUUCACCUACCUGCUGCUCUACCUGCACUCAGUGCGCGCCUACAGCUCGCGCGGGGCUGGGGUGCUGCUACUGCUUGGCCAGGUGGCCGACGGGCUCUGCACGCCCCUGGUGGGCUACGAGGCCGACCGCGCCGCAGGCUGCUGCGCCCGCUACGGGCCGCGUAAGGCCUGGCACCUGGUUGGCACCACCUGCGUCCUGCUCUCCUUCCCCUUCAUCUUCAGCCCCUGCCUGGGCUGUGGGGCGGCCACGCCCGAGUGGGCUGCCCUCCUCUACUACGGGCCCUUCAUUGUCAUCUUCCAGUUUGGCUGGGCCGCUACGCAGAUUGCCCACCUCAGCCUUAUCCCCGAGCUCGUCACCAAUGACCAUGAGAAGGUGGAGCUCACAGCUCUCAGGUACGCCUUCACUGUGGUAGCCAACAUCGCCGUCUAUGGAGCCGCCUGGCUCCUGCUCCACCUGCAGACCUCUUCACAUGCGGGGUCCACACAGGACAUCAGUGACCAGCUGGGGAUCCAAGAUGUGCCAGUGUUUCGGAACCUCUCCCUGUUGGUGGUGGGCGUCGGAGCUAUCUUCUCACUGCUGUUUCACCUGGGCACCAGGGAAGGGCGCCGGCCACUGGUGGAGGAGCCAGAUGAACACAGCCCCCUGUUGGCCCCCACCACAGCCCGCCCCUUGCUGCUCUGGAAACACUGGCUUCGGCAGCCGGCCUUUUACCAGGUGGGCUUCCUGUACAUGAGCACGAGGCUCAUUGUGAACCUGUCUCAGACGUACAUGGCCAUGUACCUCACCUACUCCCUCAACCUGCCCAAGAAGUUCAUCGCCACCAUCCCGCUGGUGAUGUACCUCAGUGGUUUCUUCUCCUCCUUCCUCAUGAAACCUGUCAACAAGUGGAUUGGGAGGAAUAUGACUUACUUCGCGGGCCUGCUGGUAAUCCUGGUCUUUGCAGCCUGGGUGGCGCUGGCGCAUGAGCUGGGUAUGGCUGUGUACGCCGCAGCGGUGCUGCUGGGCUUGGGCUGUGCCACCAUCCUCGUCACUUCACUGGCCAUGACAGCUGACCUCAUUGGUCCCCACACGCACAGCGGAGCCUUUGUGUAUGGUGCCAUGAGCUUCUCAGAUAAGGUGGCCAAUGGGCUGGCAGUCAUGGUCAUUCAGAGCCUGCACCCCUGUUCCUCAGAGCUCUGCUGCAAGGCCUGUGUGAGCUUCUACCACUGGGUGAUGGUGGCUGUGACAGGUGGUGUAGGCGUCGCCGCCACCCUCUCUGUGUGCAGUCUCCUCAUCUGGCCCAUCCGCCUGCGGAGCUGAGCCCCUGGAGUCCAACCCUGACAUUUCCCCAUGGCCUCCUGCCCUAUGCAAAAAAGCUCAACUGCGCACAUUCCAGCCCCUGCUCCUCGGGUCCCCACCCCUCCCCUUCCUUGCCUGGCUGCAGGGAUGGUGGGUGAGGACAGGAUGGGCUGGACUCAUCUCUGCUGGGGUGGGACACCUAGCUGGGCCCUCUGGUAUCCAGGGGUCUGUGGGUCCUCAUGGGUUUGGGGGUGCCCAAGCCUAACUCUAAUGGAUGACUUGGGGUGCCCCAAGUUGCACAGGGGCAGGAUGUGAAGGUCUUGGGGCCCUGGGGCUGCCCCAAGCUCAGCCCCAGCCCCACCUCACUCCCAGCACAGCUGGGGUCUCCAGGGUGCUGCUGACAGUGAAUAGAGCCGCUCUCGGGGAGGACGGGCCCCAGCUGUCUGCCUGGCCCUGGAACGCUGAGGGGCAGCAGGGACCCCUGUCCGGGACCUCUGGCUAGUGACUCUCUUUCCCUGACUGACCAGUGCCCCGAUCCCCAGACAAGGACAGACAUCCAGGGACAGGUGCAGCGUUCCCACAGAGGGACAGUCUUUAUCAGACUGCAGACGUGUAAUGGGGUUGGAGUCGCUGACCAGUGGAUGGGCAGUAGGGUUCCAGGUCCCACUGCCGGUAGUUCUGGGCCGUGUAGCGCGGGCGCUGCGGUGCCGACAGGUAGGGCACGUAGUCUGAGGCCGGCCCCAGCGGCUCCACCCCGUACUGGUGCCUGUUGACCACUGUGGGGCAGGACUCAGGUCACUGCCUGGGUCCGGCUUCCUGGACCCAGACAGUUUUACCCCCAGCCGCUGUGAUGCCAGCCUCACCAUAUUCCUUGCCCCAGAUGGGUCUGUCUUUCCACAGCAUGGUUCCCCACCGAGGGCUGCGGACCCUGUACUGGGCAGGCACGAUGGGGUCGUACCAGGCAGUUUCCCGAAGGUGCUGGGUGUAGGCUGCAGGGGGAGUGGGAGAGAAGGUCAUCUCUGGCCCUCGCUCUCCCCUUUGGGUGGCCUGUGUCAAGGCAGGUGGCCAGGCACUCACCUGAGGGCAUGCUGUGCUUCCGGUGGCUGUAGCAUCCAAGCCAGCGGGCAUAAGCCUCCCGGUAGGGGAUGUCCAGGGUCCUCGGUAGCGUGUACCAGGCUUCUCGGAAAUCCGAGUUGGUUAAGCCAGUAUACCACAGCUGGCCAGCCGCAUCACAUCCCAUGGGCGUGUAGGCCCAGCGUACCGCCUGCUUGAUGGCUGGUGGCCACCGGGGCCCCAUGAGGGACAGGUAGUCAUCACUAAGGAUUGGGGACAGAGGUUAAGCUUGUGGCUGUCCCCUGGCCCGUCCUGGGCCACAGCUUGCCACAGUUUGCCUUUAGAGUUGGCCUUUUACCCUCAUCACCACAUGUUGCAACAGGGAGGGGACAAAGGCCCAGCCCACAGUGCAGAGGGCCUUCCUCUCCAGGUGGCUUGUGUCUCAGCACCAGACGCUCCCUCCUCUCUGCCACAUCCUCCCCGGGACCCUUACUAAACCUUUUUCAUGACUCUCCUCAGGGGACACCAGGGAGGUGGGAUUUGAAAUCUCUGGCCUUUCCUGGGGUCCUAAGUCCUUGUCCCCCCUCCCAGAUGCAGACUCCUUCCCCCAGGAAGCCCCUUGGCUUGGAGGCACACUAGGAUGAAGUGGGCUGAGUGGCCCAGGGAGAGCAGGUGAGGGUGCCCAGAUUCCUGGGAAGACCCUUGGUGAGGGACCUUUGUGUUGUCACCAGCUGGGUGUGAUGGUGAGCUUACAUUUAAAGAAUAAACUGUGUAACUACACAUUCAUGCCUGUUCAGGGGUCAUCUCUUGUGCAAGUCUUUGGGCUAACAGCACAAGGAGGGCUUCCCGGAGGAGGAGGAGAAGAGGUGGUGACCCAUUCCAGGUGAAGGGAGUGAUGUGCAAAGGCCCUGGGGCAGCAGAGGACAGUUAAGGAACAAAGAGGCUGCAGUGCAGAGAAGUUAGUGAAAAUAUUCUAAUGAUAACAAAAGUCAAGUUGCAAUGAGGUACCAUUAAAACUAAAAAUAGCCUUGGCUGGUGUGGCUCAGUGGAUUGAACACCAGCCUGCAAACCUAAAGGUCACCGGUUCAAUUCCUCAUCAGGGCACAUGCCUGGAAUGCAGACCAGAUCCCCAGUUGGGGGUGUCCAAGAGGCAACCGGUCAAUGUUCCUCUCCUGUCUCCUUUCCUGCCCUGCCCUCUAAAAAUAAAAUCUUAAAACAAAACCCUACAAAUAAAGAAAAGCAGAAAAACCUGAAGCUGUUCACAUGCAGCUGCUGGGAAACUUGCUAAAGCCGAACCCUCAAA